GGGUUGGCCAUUUCUACGAAGUCGUUUGUCAUUGGAUUUUUGAUGUGGUCUUUGAUAUCUUUCGGCUUUGGUCUGGACUGGAGAGAUCUCGCCCCCAUCAUUAUCAUCAUCGCUAUACAGGUGCUCUCGAGAUCUCGUCUGUCUACACAACCCAAGCCAGCAAUCAGCAUCGGACAUCACUGCUGACUCGACUACACUUCGAGCGAAGAGCUAAGGAUGAACGCAACGGAUUCCAUGGCCCAAGCGACACUGGUUGCGACGUCGAUCGCUGACAAUGGCAAUAAUGCAUUCGCAACCUGUCUUCCCGGCAAUGGCGAAGCAAAGUCCGCGGGGACUGCCUGCCCUCAUGAGCUUUCCACCGUGUUUGAUGACAGCGCCGUGUCAGUAAGCACCCCAGGAGCCACCACACUGGUCAUGGGCAUUCCCACGGCAACGGACAUGCAGGUGCCGACUACGGCUGUGACUACCAGCGGCUACGGUGUCAUGGAAGCGCUGGGAAUGUCGGCGCAGGACACGGUCAUUAUGACGCAGGCGUUGGCCACCAGCGCUGCCAACACCACGCUGCCCGUCGGCGUGUCCGUCGCCAAUGCCGACAAUCACCGUGGCAACGCCGCAGCUGCGGAUAUCAGCUCUGUUGGCGGCGGCAAUGGACGGCUGCAGCCACUGGUGCUGACUGGUAUCAGCAAUAAUUCCAGUGCCGCGUCUUCCGCGAAUAACAUGGUGUCAGACGAUUCGUCGUCGUCGCCGAUCACAACAACAGGUGAGGCCGCCGCAUCGGCAACAGCCAACGGACCGCGGCCCAGCUACAAACAAUGGACGCACGAGGAGCAAUUCAAACAGCUGUACGAGAUUUCAGAGGAACCUGAGCGCAAGACGUUUCUGGACUCAUUGUUUGACUUCAUGCAAAAGCGAGGUUCACCAGUCAGUCGCAUACCAAUCAUGGCCAAGGUCACUCUUGAUCUCUAUAAACUGUUCACGGAAGUCUGCGUUCGCGGCGGACUGGUUGAAGUCAUCAACAAGAAGAUGUGGCGUGACGUGGCAAACUCGCUCGGCAUCCCAACCUCCAUUACCAGCGCUGCGUUCACCUUGAAAACACAGUAUACGAAGUACCUGUACCCGUACGAGUGCGAAACCAAAGGCUUCUCGCACCCGGACGAUCUGCGCGCGCUGGAGACCAACCGCCGGGACAUGCGAUCCCAGUCCGCAAGUACACCGCAGACACCAAACACCCCCGUGAGGUUCUAUAAUCCUAUGGAAUCAUCGCUUGGGUCGGCCUCCAACUCCCUUGCUGGAGCCCUGUCAUAUGGCAUGGAACCAGCGGCUAAACGCUCUUUGAGCACGAGCAGUAGCAACGCGGGAAUGGUUGGCUGUAUGAACAUGAGAACACAGCAGGUCCAUGCGGACAGCAGUGGCACCGUCACGGAGAUCCCUAACGACACGGCAUCGGGCCCUGCCGGGUUAAGUCCGGAAGCUAACGCACUGAUCAUGUCAAUGGAGAUCAACGGCUUGUUGUUUCAGGGCAUACUGUACUCCCGUCCGCCCAUGCCAGUAGUUUCAGCUCCAGCCACGCCGUUGGUCUCAACCUCCAGGACCUUCACCGCUGCUGCCGAUUCGGCUGCAGCAGUUGCCGCAGUAGUCAGCGGCUUAGCCGAAGGCAAUGAGGAUGCUUGCCUGGCCACGGCACAGGCAGCUGCACCGGUAUCCGUCACCCAGGAAAACGGCAGCUCCCUUCAUCUUGCUCACAUCGGUAACGGUGCUGUCUCUGCCAGCACAGCAGGGGCGGCGGCGGCGGCGGUGGUGGUAGAUCCCAUCCAAGCUCAUACUGCGAUGGUGGAUCCCAUCCAAGCUCAUAAUGCGGUGGCGCACGCUGGCGACUUGGCCACACUGGUGGCCAACCAGCAUCUGGUUGCUGCUGCUGUGGUGGCGGCUGCUGCCGCUGCUGAGGGGAAUGCUGGAAAUGGCGCUGAUGUGCCGUCGGCAGAAGUCCCCAUGGAGAGUAAUGGAGCGAAUGAGUAGAGGCUAGUGUCUACAUGACCUGUACCGCCGUACAACACUGUAGGAGUGGUCUCGUCAAAGACAUUUGUCGAGAGCCGAUGCAAGAGUCAUCUGCUGUGUGUGUGUCCUGUUUUUUUUGUGAAUAGUGCACCCCGUGUUGUAUUUUCUACUACUAUUUUCUCUUCGCGUUUUGUUUUCUCUUCUGGCUUCAGCUGUGAUUACUCUCUGCUGGCAUUCAGACUGUAGCUACUGUGCACAUGUGGCAAAGCGUACAGUUAGGGCCUUGUGUCACGAUGCUAUGUCUUUGUGUGCAAGGCACUCUUUGCUCAUGUUGGUUGCUUUCUUCGUAUCGUCUGCUGACGUUCGCUGCUGCUGUCGUCGUCUUUGGCCUUGUCAUCGUUGUUUCAGUUGUUGAACGUUGACGCGUGUUCUUGUGUGGCCGCUGGUAGCUGUUUGAUUCGCCUGUCGUUUUGCUUGUUUUCGACCGGAUUGUCCUCCGCAUCACACGCUGGGCAAUGUGUGUUGCAUUGUUGUUGAUCUUGACCGUGAGUAUACACAUUCCGGUAAACCCCUAGUUAGACCUAUCCCCCCCCCCCCCCCCCCCCCCCGGUGUUCAGUCUCCUCUUCUCGCAGGAUAUUUGCACUCUCGUGCAUGUCUGGUGUUUAAGUUUUUUCUCCAAAAUCUCUUUUACUAGACUCUUUUAAAAAGGAUGUACAGCUCAAGCAACUGUGGAUUGUUAUCUAGCAUGC